CUAAACGACCACGAGUUGUACCACCAACGCUAAAUGAAUUCACCAAAUGGCGCUAUAUCGGUGUUUGUACAAAAUAUGAAGCUGAAACAUGUGUUCAUUAUUUGACAGAUUUUCGAUUGUAUCAUCAAUGGGAUACAUCGAUAAAUUUUGAUGAUGUCAAUCGUCUUCCACUUACGGUGGUAUAUCGGUCAUCGAUUGGUGAUUACUUCCAUUGGCUUGUCCGGACAAUGGGUGAAGUGAUCGAAAACAAUGACACAAAACAAAAAGAAUAUGAAAUUCGAAGUUAUUAUAUUGAACAUAGUGGACCAUCUUUACCAAGUCUAAACGAGCUAAUUAAGUGUUAUGAAAACCGUACAUACAACAGACACGGUCAUGUCGAUGUAUUCAGACUACCCUGA